GGCGAGAAAAGCGCCGGGGGAGCGGCGGCGGCGGCGGCGGCGGGCGCGGCGGGCGGCGGAGCGGCGAUGCGCCUGACGCAGAGCAUGUGCACCAUCGCCGAGUGCGCGCCCGGCGGGGAGGGCUGCCCUCCCGCCGCCGCUGCUGCCGCCGCCCGGCCCCGCCUCGUCAAGAUCGCGGUGGUGGGGGGCAGCGGCGUGGGCAAGACAGCUCUGGUGGUGCGGUUCCUCACCCGGCGGUUCAUCGGCGACUACGAGAGGAACGCAGGUAAUCUCUACAGCAGGCACAUCCAGAUAGAUGGAGAGAUGUUGGCUAUUCAAGUGCAAGAUACUCCAGGAGUUCAGAUCCAUGAACACAGUCUGCAUUGUAAUGAGCAGUUGAACAGAUGCAUUCGCUGGGCAGAUGCCCUGGUGAUUGUCUUCUCCAUCACAGACUAUAAGAGCUAUGAACUACUCAGUCACCUUUACCAUCACGUUCGUCAGUUGCAUCCGGGAAACGCAGUCCCUGUUGUCAUUGUUGCAAACAAAGCUGAUCUCUUGCAUAUCAAAGAGGUGGAGCCUCAGCAUGGACUUCAGCUGGCCAACAUGCUGGGCUGUACUUUCUACGAAGUAUCUGUCAGUGAAAACUACAAUGACGUCUUCAAUGCCUUCCAUCUCCUCUGUAAAGAAGUCAGUAAACAGCAAACAACCAGCACCCCUGAGAGAAGGAGAACCUCUCUUAUUCCACGACCAAAAUCGCCCAACAUGCAGGACCUGAAGAGAAGGUUUAAGCAAGCCCUGUCUGCCAAAGUGAGGACUGUCACUUCUGUUUGACAGCAGAGCCAUUGGUCUUCCCAACGUUUAGCCUGAGAUUGAAACCUGGGGUGUUUAACACUGGCACAUCUAGAGACUGAGGCAUUGUGAAAGAAGGAUGGUUCGGGUAGCCUUUUGCAUGGCUGUAGAAGUUUCUAAGCAUUUGCUUAAAAAAGGAACAGUGGCAGAUUGGAAAAGGAAAAAAAAAAAAACCCCAAACUCUUGAAAUAGUUCGAGGAUGUGACUUGCAGAACAAGUAUUUUCACUUGGAAAAGGAACUUUUCAGUAAAUGAAACAAGCUUUCGGUUUGCCUUUUCUCCAGUUGGACAGAUUUGGCUUUCAUUUGUGCAGAAACAACCUUUUAGCUGUAACUCAACUUGUACUUGAGAAGGUAAACACCCUGAACUGCAGUUCACUGUUCAGAAGUAACCACUUGAGUCAUGUUUUCACAUGGGUGAAGGACAGCAUGACAUAUCUGUUUAAUUUUAUUGCACAGUAGAACUGUUUAUUUCCCAUGUAUUUCAAAAGAAACAGCAAACAUGAAAUCGCUCUGUAAAAAUAAGUGUAAAAUAAGUGGACACAACUGGGUAUCAAGAGUGUAAACAAUGGUCCUUUAUUUUUUUACUAGCUAUGUUAUUGUUGACAACUUGACCAGACUCUUUGUAUGCAAAACUAUUGUCUGCAGGGUGUAAACAUAUCCAAUUACAAAUAACUUGUGGGUUUUUUUACUGUCUGAAAAAAAUACUGUCCAGACUAAAUGAUCCACCAUGGAGAUUUUGAGGACCAAGUGUGGAGUUGGAUUGAUAGUCCAUUAGAGCUGUCAGUGUAAGACACUUCUCUCUGUGUGCUAAAGGCCCAGAAGGAACGUGGCUGUGAUUCAGCUUGGUGUGAAGCACAGCUGGCUCUAGGCAAUGAAGCUGGUGGCUUGUUCUGAGCUGAGCCAGUCCCUCUUCAUCCUUAAACACGUGGCAGAUUUAUAUAUAAAACUUUUUUUUUUUUUUUUUUUUUACAUUGAGCCAAUGGAGUUCACAGGCUAAAGGCCUUAUACACAUGCACUUUAAAAAGCCAGUUGUGCUUUUGUUUAAACUGUAACUUAUUUAUUUUGUGUACAGUUACUCCUCAUAGGGAGUGGACUUUUCAUUCUUACUGCCUGGUUCAACAUUAAAUUUUUGAAUUGCG